UGCAGUUCGAGUUCUGAUGCCCCACCCCGCCCCCCACGAACUUAGGGUUUGGGUCACGCCUCGUCCCCUCCCGCUACCGGUUCAGCGCAGGGGAGCCCAGAACCGCGUCUUCUCCAGGCCGAGCCAGAUACUAGGGCACUUGGAAUUGCCACCCCUCCGCGUCACCCCCUGAGGCCUCAGUGAGGGAAUGCUACCUGGGCAGAGGGGGCGUAAGCAUUCGGUGGGCAGGAGCGUGGACCGGCGCCUGGGUGUGAGGCAGGCGUGCUCUCUAAGGUGACCGGAAAAUGGGUGAGUUGCCCUUGGAUAUCAAUAUUCAGGAACCUCGCUGGGACCAAAGCACUUUCCUGGGCAGAGCCCGGCACUUCUUCACUGUUACUGACCCCCGAAAUCUGCUGCUGUCCGGAGCACAGCUGGAAGCUUCCCGGAACAUCGUGCAGAACUACAGGGCUGGCGUGGUGACGCCUGGGCUCACCGAGGACCAGCUGUGGAGGGCCAAGUAUGCAUACGACUCUGCCUUCCAUCCGGACACAGGGGAGAAGAUGGUCCUGAUUGGCCGUAUGUCAGCGCAGGUGCCCAUGAACAUGACCAUCACUGGCUGCAUGCUCACCUUCUACAGGAAGACCCCGACGGUGGUGUUCUGGCAGUGGGUGAAUCAGUCCUUCAACGCUGUUGUUAACUACUCCAACCGCAGUGGCGAUGCUCCCAUCUCUGUGGGGCAGCUGGGAACAGCUUACGUGAGUGCCACCACCGGUGCUGUGGCCACAGCCCUGGGGCUCAAAUCCCUCACCAAGCACCUGCCCGCCCUGGUCGGCAGAUUUGUGCCCUUUGCAGCUGUGGCAGCCGCCAACUGCAUCAACACCCCCCUGAUGAGGCAGAGGGAACUGCAGGUGGGCAUCCCAGUGACUGAUGAGGAAAGUCAGAGACUUGGCCACUCGGUGGCUGCGGCCAAGCGGGGAAUCUUCCAGGUGGUGAUAUCGAGAAUCUGCAUGGCCAUUCCUGCCAUGGCCAUUCCCCCCGUGAUCAUGGACACUCUGGAGAAGAAAGACUUCCUAAAGCGUCGCCCCUGGCUGGGGGCUCCCCUGCAGGUCGGACUGGUGGGCUUCUGCCUGGUAUUUGCCACCCCGUUGUGCUGUGCCCUGUUCCCCCAGAGAAGCCAGCCAGGCUACAGGACUUCCCUGCUCAACAGUUCUACCAGCCAAGUCAUUUCUAGCAGCACCUCGCCCCUUCUGGACGCACCGGGAUCUCAGCACAGAGACGGAGGGACACUAGCAGGCCAAACUGGGCCGACUCCUUCAGAUUUCUGGUUCCUAGCUCCCAAAGCUGACCCGGGAGCUGGGCUGGCAGAGGAAGACAUAUCCGGAUGAGGGAAACAGGGUGGUUUAGGCAUCCCCCACAUCCUGAAAUAGAGAAGUUCGUCUUCUCUCCUUUAUGAGAACAAAGGGGCACCAGGAUCCUUAGCACUCCCGCCAUCUUCCCGUCUCCCCAUACUGCAGGGUGGGCACCCUUAUGUACAAUCUUCGGAGUUCUUGGUCUGCUCUGACAUUAUAACCUCACGUCUACACCUAGAGCCCCAACUCCCUCCCCACACCACAAAGCCAUGAAGGCAGAGCAAGCACACCCCUUUAAGAGCUCCCACUGCCCCCUCUUACAGAGGGACACCGCUGUGGGAAUGGUGCUUAAACCUCCACAGGUAUCUGAGUGGAUGUAACUAGGACACCCUCAAGGGCAACUAGGCCCUGAGUGUACAACCUUAAGACAGGACAUUUUGCGUUCUCUUGGCUCUUGUUAGACAUUCAGCAGAACCCCGACCUUAGGUCCCUCUUUUGUGAGGCUUAGUCCUGCUCCUACCCCUACUCCUACCCCCACCUCCCAAGAGGAAGAAGGGCCUGGGCAUCCAUAGGUGGUCCGAAGGGGAGGUAGGCUUGGGAAUGGAAUAUAUGGUGGUACACUCAUAGGACAGGGCUGGACCUUGACUCCCAACUCCCAUGAGCUCUGGCCGAAGCAGUGGGUGGUAUAGAUGAAGGCCCCGGUGGGAUCCUCUAGGAGCACGUUCCUGCUUCCCCAGCUAUCUGCCAUCAGUGACUAAAACUAUGAUGCCAUUGUUACUCAAUAAACUGAAAACUUGUCUA